AUGGGAGGAGCCCUGGUGCUAGAGUCUGCUGCCUUGCUACACUGGCUGGAGAGGGAAGGAUAUGGGCCCCUAGGAAUGACUGGUAUAUCAAUGGGAGGCCAUGUAAGUAAUGUGGCAUUGGUCUUCUAUGUCAUCAGUACUCAGCUAUUCUAUAAUCAACCUUUAUAUAGUGCCAGCAUAUUUUACUGUACAAGAGGGGAACUUAAAGUUAAAUGAAAAUUAGAGGGAUAGCCAAAGUACCAUAUCCGCUAGACUUGUGCAUUAAAACUUUUCAGGUAGUACCAAAAAAAUAAAUUAUUUUUAAUGAACGCCCAAACUAAUCUAUACGUCCAGGAUUUACUUGUGUACAACUCUACAACUUAUGCAAGGUGUAUAUAUAAAUCAAUCUCUUUCUUGUCAUCCAUAUAGAUGUGUUUACAUUUUGACACCAAUAAUUAGCUUUGAGUAUUUAUAGCAUGACAGACUGUCAUUGCCACUGUCAAGCUUUUCAAAAGAUUGAAUAUUUUUGGAUACACUUUUUUAAUAUACAUAUAUAUUUUUAAAUAAUUAUUUUUUCCUCCAUUAUCUUUAGCUUUGAGUGGGGAAAAAAGUUUUGGUUGGUUUCCUGCAAUGUAAACCCACCCCCCCUAACUACUCCUAAAAAGAUGUAAAUAUGGAGAAAGCACAGCCCGACUAGGAGGCCAAAACCUAUCAAAUGCAUUUAAGUUGUGCUGGUGCUUGAAGUGUGCUUUUUGUCUUCUUUAAAAACAUUAAAUGAUAAACGUAUUCAUUCCAGCUGAAAAGUAUUUCUUCACAAAUAAAAUGAUCUGCACUUGAUGUACUGAAUACAUCCAGGAUUUACAUUUGGAGUCUUAUUCAUUAAAUACAUUUUGGGAGUUUCGAUUCAGUUCGGGUGCAGAGUAAAAGGCAUUUUAUUCAUUCAUAGCAGCUGAACCAGAUUAAUGCGCAAGUCUGUUAAAUGCUGCAGACAUAAGUGUGUGUCCUCCUCACAAAUGAUGAAUUAUGUGUUUAUUUUUUGUUACCGUGUCCUAUUUGUAGAUGGCUUCAUUAGCAGUAACGAAUUGGCCUAAACCAAUUCCACUAGUUCCUUGUCUUUCCUGGUCAACAGCUUCUGGAGUCUUCACAACGGUAACUAAACUCAAAUAUAUGCUUUUAUAUUACUUUAGUACUCAGGUCAGCAUUUGGGAUGAAAUAAAAUGAACUGUGAACAUAAAUUCUAUAGGUAGUAUUUUAACAAUGUCUUUCAUUUGAAAAUGUAUUCACUCAUGCAGUUUAAUUUGCAAAAUCUCCAUUCAUUUCUAUACACUCAAAACGCAUUUGUUUGACAUUUUGAAUUUUUUUUUUUUUCAAGAAAAUACCUUGUCUCAACAUUUGUCUUUGUAGUGGGCGUUAAAGUAUAGCAUUGUACCAACACAAAAGGGAGUUAAGUUAUAUUAUGACACUGAUGGCUAACUUCGGCCACUUCAGCUGUUCUAGAACGUUCUUCCUUUGAUGCUUGCCUAUCUCUUUGGCAGUUCUAUGGAUUAGACUUGUAACCUUUCUCAUCUGGUCUUUUUUAUAUGUAUAUUUAAAGGGAGUUUUAAGUAAAGCUGUUAACUGGAGAGAGCUGGAAAAGCAAUACUGCACACAGUCAAUCUAUGAAGAGGAGAUUAUACAUAUGCUCGAAUACUGUGGGGUAUGUAUAUAAAAUGCUAAACUGCUCAUAAAAAAAUCUGAUUUGUGUUUAUUCACAAAUAAAAUGAUCUGCACUUGAUGUACUCAAUACAUCCAGGAUUUACAUUUGGAGUCUUAUUCAUUAAAUACAUUUUGGGAGUUUCGAUUCAGUUCGGGUGCAGAGUAAAAGGCAUUUUAUUCAUUCAUAGCAGCUGAAUAGAUCUUAUUGUAAGUACUUCAUAUGAUAUCAGUAAUGAAAAUCCUGUGUGUAACUUACAGCAGUGCCCCCACUAUCUACUUGUGAGAGCCACUGAACGUUGCCAUUUAAUGUUUUUAAAAAGUAUUUUGAAUAAGGAGUGUUUAAUUAAAAAUGACUUAAAGGAAAUUGUUCUUUACCAGGAUUUUUAUUAUCUUUACUUCUCCCAAUAUUUUGCAGAUAUGCAUUUGUGGGGUUUGAAAAACAAAUGUAGAAAUCCACACCACUCUAUUCUGCAGCUGAGUGCCUCCACUGUAGCUCCCAGUCAAUCAUUGAAAUAAACUCUGUUUGUGCCUGACCGUCAACAUAGAGAGAAUACUGAGAAACAAACUUAAUAAAACAAUGUUUCUAUUUCUCCUCCUCACUUGCAGUGUUUGCUCUAGCUUUGCCUUAUCUGAACUGGAUUAUUAAAUGAACCAUCCAAGCACCAAAACCACUACAGCCUACUUCAGUGAUCAUUGUGCAAAGAAUGCACCGGCAACCCCCAUUUAAGUAGUCUAUUCAUUUGCUAAAGGCUUGACUACUUACCUGGAGUGUGCUGACCACCGCUCCCUUGCCUUUCUAAUUCCACGCUCUGUAGUGGUUUUGGUACUAGGAGUGCUUUGGCUCUGUAACCAAUGUAAGUAGCCAAUUGUUUGCUAAUGGUUCGACUUUUUACUCUGAGAACUGGAAAUUCUCUGCGUGCGCUAAACCCAGUGGUGCAGGGCUUAGAUCAUUGGUUGAGAGCGAUCAGCUUACACUCUCAGCCUAGGAGUUGGCACUGGUAACAGAAAAUUCUAGCAGGAUUUUUCGGGUCUCCGUAGCAAAAGAGGAGAAUCAGGUAGAAGUGUUUAGCAGACCCAACAUGAAAAACAAAGACAUUUUGGAGUGCAUAUGUUCAAUUUCAUGAAUGAUGUUUAUGCAACCCUAGUCACACCUUCCUGAAUGUGACUUGCACAACCUCUCCUGAGAUUUAUAAACGUGAUAUAAACACAGUGGGGGAGAUUUCCCAAAGUGUAGAAUGGAGCUGUUACCAAUGAAAUAUUUAUAUCCUUGGGAUUUACAGCAUUGCUUUACUUUAAUAGCAGCAACACUUUACUGACAUGUCAUGUUUUAAAUGUUGCAGUUGGUUUGCCAGAACAGUUCCUUCCUAACAUUUUAUCUUUUCAGACAGAUUCCUUCAAAAUGGGACAAGAGUUUGUAAAGAAUUUUCCAAGCAGUGUUGACAGCCUGACCCACAUAAAUUUUGCCUCCAAACUUUUCCGCCUUAACAGAAAAAGGGAACCAAUACCAAAUGAUCCUGUUCAGCCUUUCCAGACCAGCAACAAUGCCAAUGGAAUCUUAUUCCAAGGGGAUUCUAAGAUGUCAUAUGUUAACCAAGCACUGUCUGGGGGGAAAGAGAGCCUUACAAAAGCAAUGGAAAAGGGGCAGGCACGAAGAGACGAGAAGAGGAGGGCUGAAACUCUGCAAAAUGAGUCUCUGUUGUUCAUGAAAGGUGUCAUGGAUGAAUGUACACACGUUGCCAAUUUUUCAGGUAUGAUUCUCUUUGAAAACCGCCAAGUUGGACACAAACCUUUUCUGAAUGGAAAAUACUGUGGGAAUUGAAAUUCAUAAUAGUGUUAUCUGUAUUUUUUCUUUAUUAAAAUUAAAGGGACACUAUAGUCACUUGAAAAGAUGUAGCUUAAUGAAGCAGUUUGGGUGUAUAGAGAAUGCCUCUGAAGUCUCACUGCUCAGUUCUCUGCCAUUUAGUAAAAUAACUUUUGUUUCUGUUUAAGCAGCCUGCAUGAUAACAAAAUGGUUUAAAUUUUAUUUUUUUCCCAACAUUGUGUGUUUAUUGGUUUGGUAUUUUUGGCAUAGUGUUAAUCGUUACAGAAAGGAAACGUUGCACAGGUUAGUACACAUAUAUUUGCAUUAUGAGUCACCAGGUAUGCAAAUUCUGAAUGCUUUAGACUUUUCCAUGGUUAUACAUUUGAUCAUUACAUUGUAUAGGCGUUAACACUGUGGCCCAUUUGUUCGAGUGCCCCUCUGUUUGUUUAUUCAAGGUUUUUAUAUGUGGGUGCUUCCAGCUGGUAGAGGAGUCAAUUCGUGGCUCUAUGGCCUUUAUUACCAAGAGUCAAAAUAUUGAUAUGGAGAACAUAACGUACCAAAAACGGAACUAUAGGAAGUUAAAAAAUAAAUAAACGAAAAGGAAGAAAUAUACCAUGAUGGUAGCUAUUAAUGAUGGGUGUAGGACAGGGCUCGACAAAUCCCAGGCGCCAGAUCGCCACGGCAACUAGAAAUUUCUGACGGCGGCGCAUAGAGGUGUGCGGCCGCCCUGAGGAGCAUGGAAGAGGCGGCCGCCCGCGGGAGCUGUACUCUGUUUGCAGAAGUAUUUAUUCUUGGAGCCACGAGUUCCACAUUUUGCAGAAAUGUUUGGAAGUUUUGUGUAUUUUUGCUGAGAUUCUGUCCAUUUCCAUUGCUUCCUUUGUUUUGUGAAUGACUGAUCGUAUUGGUAUGUUUGGUGAACCCCAAAUCUCUGCUAUAGCUCUUCUUGCUGCCAGGGCUGUUCUGUUUGCCAAUUUGUUUUGGGCUCUGGUUAAUGGGUCCCAGAGUUUGGAGAGGAACCAAAUCCAUGGGACGAGUGGGAUGGUAAUUUGUAGGAGGUCCGAGAUCAGUUUGGCAACUUCUGCCCAUUAUGGGAUCAGUUUGGGGUAGUGCCACCAGAGGUGUAUAUAUGUUUCCCUGUGUCCGCAUUGUUUCCAGCAGUUAGACCUUCCCAUUCGGUAUAGACUUAUGGGUGUCAAGAACCAUCUGAGCAUGGUCUUGUAGGCCUGCUCCUUAAAAUUGUUUAAUUUUUAAUCUGAUGUAACUUCCUUUAAAUUUUAUUUUUUUUUCCAACUCCUGCUCUGUAAAUUGAAAUUAAAUCAUACACAGGAGGCUCCUACAAGGUCUAGCAAGCCAUCAACAGAGCAGGAGAUGAUAAAUUGCAAAUUAAACAAAAUUUGUAAUAAAGUAUAAACAGUAGACGACUCUUUACAGGAAGUGUUUAGGAAGGCUGUACAAUUUACAUGCAAGGAGUUGUGACUAGGGCUGUAUAAACAAAGUGAUUUAACGCCUAAAUGGCAGAAAAUGGAGCAGUGAGACUGCAGGGGCAUGAUGUCAAGCUAAAAUUGUUUUGGUGACUAUACUGUCUCUUUUAAUACUGUAUGAUAUUUUAUGUUAAAUGUCUUGAAAUAUUCACAACAUGAUGGGGGGAAAAACAGCUGAAAUAGAGAUGCAUAACAAUUACAAACCAUAUGCCUUUUACAAAAGAUCUGAAUGUGUAAGUGAUAACUAUAACAUUUACAUUACACAUCAAACAGUUACAUUACACAUCAAACAGUUAGGCCGCAGGCUUCCACAAACUGCGGCACUCCAUAUGUUGCUGAACUACAACUCCCAUGAUUCUCAGUCUAUUUAAUUCAUAUAAUCAUGGGAGUUGUAGUUCAGCAACAUCUGGAGGGCCGGAGAUCAGAGAAGCCUGCGGCCUAAGUGUCUAAUGUAAAUGUCUAAUGUAAAUGUUUGUUAUAUUAUAGAGCUCACUUACUCAAAUUCAGAUAUUUUGUAAAAGGCAUAUGGUUUGUAAUUGCUAUGCAUCUAUAUUUUCUUUUCUUUUUUUUUUUGCAUUUUGUUGGUAUAAGUCGCUUCUAUAUGCACCCACUGGGGGGGUUCUAGGGUUACUGCUAACCACUAGUACCUGGCUCAAGAUGGCUGCUUUGUAGUAGUGUGUGAUAUUAGGUAAACCCAUGCCUCCCUUUUGGAAUGGUUUAUAGAGGGUGGAUUUUGCUAUUCUGGGCCUGGUGUUGUACCAGACAAAGGAACUCUCUAACCUCUGCACCUCACGUAAGUAGCUAUUGGGUACUGCCAGUGGGAUAGUUCUGAAUAAGUAUUGUAGUCUCAGUAGAAGUAGCAUUUUUGUUGCUGCUAUUCUGCCCAUCCAUGAUAUGAAUUUCCCUUUCCAACUGUGUAUUAAGGUUUUCACCUCCGUGAGCAGCGGGUAAUAGUUGGCUUUGUGCCAAGUUUUGUGUCAGAUUUAUCCCUAGGAAUUUAAUGUUGUCUGUACGCUAUUCAUAAGCAAAUGUCUCUUUUAGGUGGUUGAGCGUUGUCUGUGGGAGGUUAAUUCCCAUCGUGUCUUGGUUAUAUUUAAUUUGUAAUAAGAGCAAUUGCCAUACCGUUGGAUCAGAUUGUGUAAUGCCGGUAGUGAGGUGUGUGGGUUUUGUAGUGUGAGGAAGAUGUCGUCUGCGAAUAGUGUAAGUUUGUAUUCUCUGUUCUUAACCCUGAUUCCCUGUAUAUUGGUAUUAUUCCUGAUCAGUUGUGUGAGGGGUUCCAGGGCUAGUAUGUAUUGUCACCCUAACCUGACCAGGGAGCCGCGCUGAGUCCACCGAUGCCUUUCUUUCAACCCGCAAAGGUGCACAAGCAGCGGCGCCGAUCUAGGACCUCCUACUCACCUGCCCUCGCUAGUGCCCUGCCCUCGCUAGUUGGGAAACACUCCUCCAUGACUUCGAAGACCCGGACGAACCGGGCUGGGGCUCCGUGCCUCCACCUGAGCACACAACAGCCAUGGGGCGCUGCUCACAAAAACCUGGGGCUGGGAUCCCACCAGACAAUCGGGAUAUUGGGACCAUGCUGCAGAGGCAAGUACCUCACAAGAUGGCGCCUGCAGAGGGCAUCCACAGCACACUCACCAGCACCCCAGAGGAGGAAACAGGAGCACAGACACCCACAGCUUCCCAAACUGACCAAUCCACUCACAUGGACACCACAGACAGGUCAGCACCUACCCUAAACAUGACCUACAGCUCCUACUCCAGGAUAUCCACAAAAUGCUGGCAGCAGACACUAAUAUCAUCAAAGCAGAUGUGAAAAAAGUCACAAGCAGAGUUCAGAAUGCAGAGGAAGAAAUUACUAAUUUACACAGUGGCAUGACUACUAUAAAUGGUACUCUGCACCAACUUUAACACCUGCCACUGUCUUGACUGACGAACUACCACAUUAACUGAGACGCCUCCUGUCAUCCCUCCUAUCUCCUGCUGUAGCUCGAAAGAUAGUCAUGGAUGGCAUAUAUCACCUCCCUACCUCACUUAAAACAUCAUCCUCUCAAGCGCGAGACGUCAUUCUCAAAAGCUAAUACCGCUCCCUUUUGAGGACUCACUGUUAUCCUUCUACCAAGACCUAACAAAAGCCACACUGCAAUGGCGCAAAUCCCUCCGUGAGAUCACACACCGCCUGCGCACAGCCAACAUACCAUACAGAUGGGGACUGGCGAAGGGGACGAUCCAUAUAAUCACCUCAGUAGCAGAAGCACCGAUUCUCCUCUUUUCGCUGGGAUUAUUGGAGCUGACCCCCAAGCAUGAACCCGCAAGCCUCAACUAGCAACUGGCACCCGGCCGCAGUGGUAACCUUCACUCCAAGGAACGUAGCAAGAAGCCCACCUGACUGAGAACGGCGCUGACACUUCAUGUACUAGCCCCACGGAGGCUCUAACCACAGUACCACUACCCUGACAAGGGCAUUAGACCUUGACCAACCAUAUGUGGGGAACAACUAAAUACAUACGUCGUCGCAAUGAAACGUGCAAUUGCUACUAAUGUUGGAAAGGAAUACACCCCCCUUCCUGCCCUCUUUGUUAGGGGUAACACUCAAUGCAAGGGUAAAUACGCCUCAACACCUGGAGCUACCCCGACUCAUACAUCCCCUCUACUUUAAACCACCUACGGCUCAACAGAACCCCACGUAUAAUUUUCCAAACCCUGCAUAACUCCAAAAUGUUAGUCGCCCACACUACAUGACCUUCAAACAGCUACCAUAUCACCACUUACUACACUAAUUCACAAUGUAGAGCCUUUCACCCUGCAAAGUACUCUAUAUCUACUCCUAAAUCAAUCCUCACAAACUGGUCACAUUCUAGGCUAAGGAUACAGUUCUUGUGUGUAUAUAUAUAUUUGUAUAUUUAAAGUUAAUCUAUCCCUUGAUGUCUGUUAUUUUAAUUUUUUUGCAUGACCUAUUGCUUAAACUCAUGAUGUGUUUUCAGUUGUUCAUGUCUUAUACCUGCACUAGAAAAAUAAAGAAUUAAAAAAAAAUUCAAAAUCAGGAAGUAUUACUUUAUUUACAGAGUGGGUAGUGGACGUAAAAGCCUUCCAGCUGAAGUGGUAGAGGUUAACACAGUGAAGGAGUUUAAGCAUGCGUGGGAUAGGCUUAAGGCUAUCCUAACUAUAAGAUAAGGCCAGGGGCUAAUUAAAUAUUUUGAAAAUUGGGCAGGCUUGAUGGGCCAAAUGGUUCUUAUCUGCCGUCACAUUCUAUGUUUCUAUGAAAUGUCAGGUUAAUUAAAAUUAGUCCCAGUAUUAUUCUUGCACGUACAUUGACCAUUAACCCUGACCUGUCAUUUGUCUUUUUAUUGAUAGUUUAUAUACAUUUCUCAUGGUAUAUUUCUUACACACUGGUUUCAGGCAGUGUUAGUUAAGUGCUUGCAAGAUAUGACUCUUGUUCUAAAGAGAAAAUGUGCUCCAUUAACAGUAAAUCGAUUUUCACUUUUCAAACUCGUCUCUCCAGUCCCAGUAGAUCCAAGUCUAAUUAUAGUUGUCCAAGCCAAAGAGGAUGCCUAUGUUCCCCGGAUUGGUGUACGCAGUCUCGGAGAGAUCUGGCCUGACUGUGAAAUCAGAUACCUGGAAGGUGGUCAUGUUAGUGCCUACCUCUUCAAACAAGGGCUAUUCAGGUUUGUAUGCAAUUUAGUUAUGCAUCCCAUGUCACUUAGUGAUACGUGUUUUUUUUUUUUUUUUUUUUGGCAAUCCAAAUGCAGUGACGUCACUAGGGGUAAAAAAAAUAAAGCACAGUUUUUUUUAUUUUUUCAGUUUGUGUUUUUUGUGUGUUUUUUAAUUAUUAGUACACUUUAUUUUUUUUGAAAAUGUAUUUUUGUGUAAAUACUGUGCACUGAAACUUUGUUAAAAAGCAGUCCAGUAGACUAUCAUUUAAAUUACAUUAAAAUGAACACUCCAGACACCUGUGCCUUUACCACUGGAAGUACCAAACUAUAUUGGUAUGGUUCAACCACUUACCUGGGUCCUGCAAGGUGCCCACAUCUGCAUACCCUGCACCUGGUCUUCUCCUACAGGAAAAGUCAGAUUGCCCUGUUGUGCUAAGCAGAGUCAUGCAGGACUGAGCUCAUGAUCUAAAUCCAUCAUCGAGUUCUUUCACCUGAUGCACAUGAUCCUUCAUUGGCUAUGCUUUUUUCUAUAGAGAUAUACAGCUUCUCCUGCUGGAUAAGACUAGAUACGGCACAGGUACCUAGGGGAUCCAUGUAAGUUUUCAAAUAGUGCCAAACUGUUUUGGGGACAAUGGGCUGUAAUGCUUUGGAAGUGUUCCUUUAGUACUUUGUAAAACUGGACAAAAAAGAUAAAAACAGAAGUCUUUUGGCUAAUCUAAUUAAAAAUCUUGUUUUAGGCAAGCGAUCUAUGACGCCUUUAGUCGCUUUCUACAGAAGUAUCCAAUGUGA